UCAAAGCCAAAGCCAAAGCCAAAGCCUCGGGACUCACACCCAUCCCACCCUCCUCCGUCUCCGGCGAUCCCACCCGCCGGAGACUGCCGCCGCCGCCGCGUCAACCGUAGUCGGAAGUUGGUGAUCUCCCACCAGAGAUGCCGCCCGCGAUGGUAGACUUUGGGUCCCGCCCCGCGCCUUCCUCCCCUCUUCGAAACCCUAGUAAAGGUGAGAUCUCCGCUUCCGGUUCUCCUUCAUUCCAUCUCCGCAGCGGCAUUCCUUCCUCCGGCGGCUCCAAUUCAAGUUCCGUGUUUGGUUUUCCGCAUCGGAGUGUCCUAGGGCAACAGCCCCCUGCUUCGAGGGGAUUAAAGAACGCUGAUUUUGUUGGAAAAUUCGCUGCCCCAGUUCCUCCUGUACCUUUCCCUCCAAUCCACCCCGUUCCAGUUCCGGGGAGGCCAUUGUCGGCUGCGGGGCUCUCAAAACCUCGACUUGUGAAGGUGAGGAAGCAUCUGGCCUCGCCUCGGGUGAGGUCGGCAGCGACUACGAACGCCAAUGAUGGCUCUGGGUUCAAUCCAUUCCAUUCCGGCCCGGUCGGCAUGGAGUCGGAUAUUUCUGGGCGGCAUCAGAGGGACGGAGUUCAGGGGCUUGACGAGAAGUUUCAUGGACGGAAUCCAUUGGAAUCUGAGGCAGGUUCAAAGAUUCCAGAACAUUCAAGUUCAGGUAGUUUAAAGUCUGCAAAACCUGGGAGUGCUGGUUUUGUUAUGAGUGACGGGGGAGCUUUUGUCUUUGGAAGCAGUGAAAAGAAAGGUUCAAAUUUGGGUCGGAGCAAAGGAAAAAAAUUUGUCAAGUCUGAGAACACUGGUUAUGGGUCGGACAACAGUAUGAAAAAUGUAGCGUCUGCAAAUGUGGUGGAGGAAACAUUUAGCUUCAGUCGUUUCUCAAAUAGAAGUUCUGACGAUGGUUUAUAUGUGUUCGGUAGUGGUAUGAAGAAUUUUUCUUCAGAACAAGGCCCUCCAGUGGACCUGAGUGAUCAGAAUGUCAGGAAUCUUGCAUCUAUUAAGUCCCAAAGUGAUGGUUUUGCCUUUGGCACCACUUCUGUAAUGAACCUAGGCAAAGAAGAUGAUGGAUCCGGUAAUAAACCAGUCCAUAAACCUCAUUCUGAUGCUUGUAUCUUUCAAAGUGAUCUGAAGCAAAGUUCAAAUUCUUGUGAAAAUUCAUCAGAAAAUUUAAGCGGUAGGAAUAAUGGCAUCUUUGAGUUUGGGAAGUCGGAAAGUGCUGCUUUUGUCUUUGGUACAGAUUCUGUGUUGCUUUCUGGUGUGAAAAAUAUUGGUUCCAGUAGCAUCCAUGGAGGUCCGUCUAGCUUUGUUGACGGGAAUACAGGUAGGGGUAUAUUUUCUAGUGAGGGUGUUCAGAGCAAAAGUGAUAAUUCAAGUGGGAAUGAGGAUUCGAGAUUGAAAAAUUCUGGAUCUAUCAGGUCUGAAUGUUAUUUCUUUGGUGCAAGCAUAUCCAGCAAUUUUGGUAGCAAAGACAAUGGUACCAAGGAUGUGAUAAAUAAUGUUAUUAGUGAAGGUGGUAGGGAACCCAAUGUAGGUUCUUCUGUAUGUGGAAAUGCCACAAGUUUAAAUUCUAAUUUGGGCCAGGAAUCAUUUAUCGCUUUGGAUGUGGGCACAGUCUCAAGGCUUCACGUCGAAAUGAGGAAGUUGAACUUGCAGAGACCUGAUAAUGAGGUUGAGCCAGAGAAGGCAAAGCAAGCUGAUUGCAGGGCUAAGAUUAAUGAGGGUAAUACUUUUGUUUUUGGUAGAAGCCAGAGUUACCUGAAUUCCUCUGGUGCUACUGACUGUUCCAAGCUCAGGGAAGCAGGUACACCUUUUGUUUCAUCAUUAUCUGGCCAUGAUACUCAGUCUGUUGCUACUGGCUUAAAUUUUGCACGUGUAUGUGAAGAACAGAAGUUACCACACAUGGAAUUUACAACACCUAUACAUGUUACUCCUAUGUUGUCAAAGGAGAGCUUAUUUACUGGACCUCAUCAAAAUAAGGAAUUUAAUGUGAAGCGAGAAUCUAGAACUACAAGAAAGAAAAGGAGAGAGAAAUCUAGACAAUCUGUUCCACUGCACAAGGACUUUUCUAAAACAUUUGACUCAGUGGAAAAAGUUGUUGAAACUGUGGAAAAGUUCUCUUCUGGUGGUUACUCACCAAUGGAUUAUUCUCCUUAUGACGAGAUAUCUGAUGAAUCCCGCCAUAUUUUUUCCUCCUGUGAGUCAAUUGGUACAAAAGAAUCUGUUCCUGUAGGUGAAAGAAAAGAAGAUCCUGUUUCUGCAACACAGCACUUGUAUAUUAAUAAAGAUGGUGUAACACUUAGAGAACAUGAAAAUAGUGGUUCUAGAGAUUAUAUUGAGAGGGAUUCUGUUGACAAGUCUUCGUUUAUAGGCGAACAAAUUACGGAAAAUGGUAGAGAAAAAUAUUUUUUCAAAUCUGACAACAUGGAUCGUACUUUGACCAGCAACGCUGCUGGAAUGAAAGCAGAAACUGAAUCCUGUAGUUCAAAUUUUGAGCCACAAGCUAAUGAGAAUGAAAACUGCUUUAAUCUUAACUCCAGCUUAGAAAGUUUUCCUGGCUCUGAUUUUACCUUUGGUGAAUUAGCUUUUAAUCAAGGUCUGUUAUCAGCGGAAAAACGUCAACACAGAAAGAAAAGUAGGAUGAGAAGUUCCAAAAACUUGAAUAAUUCAAUCCCGAAGGUCAGUGUUCCGAUGGUUCCCCCUUCUGAGAAUUUGUUACCAGAUGCCAAUUCUGUGCAACCUGUUGCUGAAAGAGACUUCAAGGGCAAGCUAUCUGUUCCUCAAAAUGGGGAUGAUGUCGUAGCUGAGAGACAGAAAAAAUUGGAAAAGAGAAAAGAUCCCAUAUCCACAGUUGGAGCAACUGCCACUGAGCAGGAAGUCUGUAACCAGUGGCGUCUCAGGGGCAACCAAGCAUAUUCAAAUGGGGACAUGUCAAAAGCUGAGAAUUUUUAUACUCGAGGGUUGAAUUCCAUCUCUAUAACGGAAGUUUCUAGAAGCGACAAUAAGGCAUUAAUGCUGUGUUACAGCAACCGUGCAGCUGCACGAAUGUCUCUUGGAAGAAUGAGAGAAGCACUUUCUGACUGUAUGAUGGCUGCUAAAAUUGACCCCAGCUUUCUCAGGGCUCAAGUUAGGGCUGCAUGUUGUCAUCUUGCAUUGGGUGAAAUUGAAGAUGCCUUGAAGCAUUUCAAGAAUUGCUUACAAUCAGACAAUGAGGGAAGUUUAGACCACAAAAUCUUUGUGGAGGCUUCUGAUGGUCUCCUGAAAACUCAGCAAGUUGCUGAUUACAUGGUUCAGUCUGAGGAACUUAUGCUGAAAAAAUCAUCUAAUGAAGCAGCAAAGGCAUUACAGAUAAUCAUUGAGGCCCUAUUUAUAUGUCCAUAUUCAGAAAGAUUGAUGGAAAGAAAAGCAGAGGCUUUUCUAAUGUUGCGGAGAUACAAAGAGGUGAUUGUUUUCUGUGAGCAGACCAUUGAAAUUGCUGAAAGAAAUUAUGCUCUGUGUAGAGUCAGCACAGAUAAUUCUGAAGACAUGCAAAGUUGUCCCAUGAGGCUCUGGCGUUUGAAUCUUAUGUCCAAGUCUUAUUUCUAUUUGGGGAGAUUUGAGGAGGCAGUUGAGUUACUAAAGAAGCAUGAAAAAGUGACAUAUAAAGAAGACAAGAACGUUAAUGGGUCUUCAGAAUCUCUGGCAUCAUUGUGUGGCACCAUAAAUGAACUCUUACGUCUUAAGGCUGCUGGGAAUGCAGCUUUUCAAGCAGGAAGACAUCUGGAUGCAGUAGAACAUUAUUCUGCUGCUUUAGCAUGCAAUACUGAGUCACGUCCUUUUACAGCAAUUUGCUUCUGUAACCGUGCUGCUGCUUAUCAAGCCCUAGGCCAAAUUACAGAUGCCAUUGCAGACUGUAGUAUAGCAAUCGCCCUUGUUGCCAGUUAUGCAAAGGCAAUUUCAAGGAGAGCCACCUUGCAUGAGAUGAUCAGAGACUAUGGCCAGGCUGCUAAUGACCUCCGCAGACUUAUCUCUCUUCUGAAAAAUCAAUCUAAGGAUAAAGACAGUCAAGCUGGAGUUUUGGGAAUAAAUAGUGGCAAUAAUGAUCUAAACCAGGCCCAUGUUCGUCUUCAUAGUGUGGAGGAGGAAGCCAGAAAGGAGACUCCUCUAGAUUUAUACAUGAUACUAGGAAUUGAAGUAUCUAGUUCUGCAGCUGAUGUAAAAAAGGCAUAUCGAAAAGCUGCAUUGAGACACCACCCAGACAAGGCUGGGCAGUUAUUGGCCAGGAAUGAAACUAUUGAUGAUGGUUUUUGGAGAGAAGUGGCUGAUGAAGUUCACAAGGAUGCUGAUAGGUUAUUCAAGAUGAUAGGAGAGGCAUACACUGUUCUUUCAGAUGCGACCAAGCGCUUACAAUAUGAUGCCGAAGAGGAGUUAAGGACCACCUUGAGAAAAACCUGUGGUGGGAGAUGCACAUCAAAAACCCAAGACAAUCACAGCAGUCCAUCUGAGAGGCGUAGGUGGCGAGCAUAUGCAAGCACACAUCAGAGGUGGUCAGAAUCUUCACGAUAUUACAAGUGAUUUUAUUCAAAGAAUUACUAACAGCCGGGCCCUUACGUGCAACUCUGAUGAAAUUUUUGUUGGGUGCAUUCGAUCUUUACCUUUGUCAAAGCCAAAUCAGUGCUACAAAAUGGUGUGAACAAGGUUGGUGAAAGCUUAGCUGAUAUCUAAAUCAGUGACACGAUAAAAAGACUGGGUAACCAGUGAAUCAUGCUGUCUGACUGGCAGCAGAAUCCAUGGCCCCAUAAAUAGAUUUUUUGGCCGCCCAUCCCAACUCCAGCAAUCAUUUGAUUGUUCAUGGCAAAUUGGUUGUUGUAGAGAGAGCGAUGAUGGUCUUACCAAGAAGAUGAAUGCGGUUUUAGAGUGUUGUUUUUUAUUUGUACUGCUUGUUCAUCCUCUGCUGGUGAGGUUUUGCUUGUAGUUCUAUCCCAGUAUUUUUUUUUUUUGUUGUUACAUCAUCAUGUGGCAACAGAAAUCACAUGAGGUGCGAACAAAACAAUAUAGCAUGACAUUAUUGUAAAUUGAGGAAGUAUAUUCUUGACAUUUUUGAUGUUUAUCAAUCCAAUCAAGCAUCGAUGAUGGAUUAGGCAUUUCA